AUGGGCGGGAUAGUGCCCGUGCAAGCGCUCCUACUGGGGGUAUUGGCGUUGUGUCUCGUCAGACAGUUGCCAUGCGCGGCGGCGGAUAUGCCUUGCGUCCUCGAUGAACGGGGCACGGGAAGCUAUCGGUUCCCAGAGCUGCCCCAGCUCAAGGGUUGGGUGGCUUCCCAAGAAACACAGAUUGUGGCCAUUGAUGACCAUCGAGCCGGCUUGGCCGUGGCUGCCUGUCGCGCCGAAUGGAGCAAAAUGCCAUGCGCCACGAACCAAGUCCCCGUUCCUACCCCUGAACAAGCCGCAUAUCAGCGUCAUGAGAUUAUGGGCUUGACACACUUUAACAUGGCUACUUUUGUGGAGGACGGCGAUCCAGCUUGCAACCCCACCAACUGGAAUGUGGGUGUCCAUAGCUCACACGCCUCCCUUUUUGACCCCACACGGCUAAACAUCUCCAAUUGGGUUGAAAACUACCGGGCUGUGGGUGCCAAGCAUGCCGUCCUCACCGCCAAACACGGCUGCGGCUUUUUACUCUGGAAUACCUCGACCACCUUGCCAAAUGGAACGGAGCAUCCCUUUGCAGUGGCACGCAGUUCCUACCAGCCCCAUCAAGUGCAAAAUGGCCAUUGGUUUUGGCGGCCUGGAUUUGCUCUUCGCUCCGUGCAGCAGAUGGUGGAGGUGUAUCACAUGACGGUUGGCAACAAUCAGGUGCUUGAGCUGGACUUUGCGAUCAACGACACGGGCAAUGUACCAAGUGAUGCCUCGGCGGUGUACCACGCACUUGGUGCAUGGGCUCGAGCGUGCUACGGCAUGCCAGUAGCCAAUAUGAGUGGCAACAGUAGCUCAGUCUUGCUGACCUUGCCAUCGCCAGCCACUCCUGUUGAUCGAUUUAUCUUGCAGGAAGACAUUGACUUUGACGAGCGUGUGCGACAAUGGCACAUCGAUGUGCAGGUGGAAACCGGUGACUGGAUGCCCUUUGCCAAUGGCACGGCCAUCGGCCACAAACGCAUUGUCCUGGGCUCGGGGCCAAGCAGUUCGCUUACUGCAGCCCGCCUAACCGUUGACUCGGCCGUAGCUUCGCCCGUCAUUCUCGCCUUUGCGGCUUUCAAGCCCUGUCCCGAUCCCUAG